AUGGCCACGGCAGCUACUCUUCAACCUGCUUCAGCUCUCCAAUAUGUACCUUCUGCAGAAGACCGUCUUCGUCACACGCUCCAUCCAUUGGCCAACUCCAGUUCCAUUUCUGAGCAGCUCCCCGAUGGCUUCCCCUCGCACAUAAGCUCCCCAUUGGCAUGGGAUAGUGGGGAGAUGAGCUCAAAGGCACCAGAAUGGACACUUCGGCUGUCAGCAGACGACAUCACGUCUAUUGAAGACGCUUUGGCAGGCUUCAAAGAGCUCGAGAUUCCGUGGAGAGACCUGUCUCCGAAAUCUUUCGCCGUGUCCGAAGAUCUGCGAAAGCGGCUCGAGAAUGCUGCCCUUGGAAUACAUGGUGCACCAGGAUUUGUUCUGGUCCGGGGGCUUGAGCCUAGGCGAUACUCUAUCGAGGACUGCAUCAUUAUACAAGCUGGUCUUACAAGCUAUAUUGGUUCCACAAGAGGAUACAACGGCCCCAGCGGAGCUGAUGUUCUGAGCGACGAUAUAGUCUCACCCACGUUCACCAACAAGGCCAUGACAAUGCAUACUGACCUGGGUGAUGUCGUGAGCCUGUUCACGGUGCAUCGAGGAUCUGAAGGCGGAUCAUUCCGCCUGGUUAGUUCGGCAACCAUAUACAACAAACUAGCCGUGUCGAACCCAGGCGUUUUACGGACCCUCAGCGAGGAUUUCGUGUUUGACACGCUCCAUCCAGAGGUACCCAGUUACAAGAAGCCCCUGUUGCACUAUCAUGAUGGCAAAGUCAUCCUCCAGAGCUUCCGGCGCCCCUUCAGUGGCUUUGGAAACAUCAAAAGGUCUGUUCAGCUACCGCCUCUGUCCGACAGGCAGGUUUUUGCCCUCAACGAGCUCUACUUCCAGGCAAUGGAUCUGUCCAUGAAGAUCGAUUUCCAGAAUGGGGACCUGUUGCUCUUCCACAACAUGGCCUUGCUCCACUCCCGAGACACUUAUAAACCAGACGAGAACAGCCCCCGACACUUGCUGAAGAUGUUUGUUCGUAGCGAAAGCUUAGGCUGGAAGAUUCCGCCGGUCCUGGAAGAUCAGUGGGAGGAGCUUUAUGGCAGUCGAACGGUCCCGCACCAGGAAGAUUUCCCUCCAGAACCACCUUUCCAUGCUGAGCGAGUGCCUUAUAGUGGAUGGGCUCAGAAUGGAUAG